AACGUCGCUUCAGACCCAGGUUACAAUUCUGUAUGACUCUACGGGAAACUUGUUGAUUAGUGUAGAGCGAACGCUGCAAACGGGAGCAUCACGUCACGACAACUUGGAUAGGUCCGGAGCGUCAUCUUCGUGUUAUUCCAGUCUCCCGUAUCGGUUACAUUUUCCUGCGCUCUUCCGCGCAGCUUUAUCCGAAGUGCCAUUGCGGAGGCUCCGCUAAAAGGAUUGUUUUCUCGUGUACGAACAUCUUCAGUCGCCCGUCGAUCGAUCUCCGAAAAUUCAGAUCUUUCGUUGAGAGAUGCGACGCACGAUGCAUCAAGUUCUCGGAGCGUUGCUGCUUGUGACUUGUGUGGACGGGCUCGGGAAGAUUAGAGAGAAAGAUUUGACAGUCAUAACUCUGCAUCACGGGAAGUACACGGCAGCCAGGAGGACGAGUCCGGUUCCCCAAUUGAGUUGCCUUUCGAAUUGUAAACACGCUCCUCAAACAGUGCAAUGCAAAGCGACUGGCUGGGACGGAGAGAAAUUGCACUGGAAAUGUGACGCGAUGCUCCCCGAGGGAGUCCAAUUCGGCUCAGCAGACGUCAAUUGUGAAGGUUACGAUUAUCCCGACGACCCUUACGUGACGAUCGGGUCGUGUGGACUCACUUAUACUCUUACUGGACAGAGCUCAGGGAAAGGACAUGCUGGGGAAAGUUCUGAAGGAAAGAUGCCGCUGAUUCUCAUUGGGAUAGUCUUCUGCGUGCUGCUCGUGUUAUGGUGCGGCAGUGAUUCCCGGAACCCUGGCGACAGGCGGCGGCCGUCUAACGACGACGAUAGCAACCAAAGGAGGGGCUUCUAUGGGGGAUCUGGAGGUUUCGGGGACAACACGACGCCUGGUUUCCGACCGGACUACUAUUCCUCCGGCGGAGGCUGCGGGGGAAACCAACAGCCAGCUGGAAACGCGGGCGGAUUCUGGUCUGGACUCGCCACCGGGGGUCUCGCUGGAUACAUGUUCGGUCGCAAUAAUAAUGCUUACGGAUACGGCGGUGGCAACUAUGAUUACGUACGGAAUAGGGGUUAUUCGUCUGGUCUCUUCUCGGACAGCGGCGCAAGCUCGUCGGGAGCAUCCACUUCGCAGACGAGAUCGGCGUCUGCAUUCGCUUCAACUUCGAGACGGUGA